AUGUUAGACUUUUAUCAACGAAUUAGCAAAUGGAAGCGUUUCUUAUUUCCACGGUUAACGACCCGAACAACUUGUGCACAUUACAUACCAAUGGUUGGAGCACUGAGCCAUUCAUUAUACUCCAUGCACAUUCUUUCACCCGACUUGCUUUCCAGAUACUUUGGAGUUCAUGAUUUGGCAGCGGAAUUUUCAAUACUCUGUACAGCUACACUCGGUCCUGGCUUUGCAGUCUAUUUUCGACCGCAUAUGAAUCGUUUGGGUCGUUGGAAACGUGUUGAAUACAGCGUAUUUGCAGCUGUCAUGUUUACAUACGGAUCGUUGUUUGCUGUUAUUUUUCUCAAAGAUAUUUUACCGAACACGCUCAAAGUAUGGAUGAAAUCAUUGAUUGGGAUAGGGAUGAGUUUGGUCCUGCUGUCACGAGGUUACAAUUAUUUGUGUUUUCAUGAUUCUCGACUCAAACAUCGAAAUAUGGCUAUCCAUAAUACAUCGACAAGACCAAUCACAACUGCUUCACAAAAUAAAUAA